UGUAGUUGUUGCAAGUGUCCACAUGGGGACAUUGUAGACCAUCACAUCUGAACUUCCUCUCUGGUUGCUCGGGGCUCCUCCCAGAUUCAGAGGACUAUGAUGUUUCUCUGGCGACUGAAACAAAGAGACGGAGACGGUGAAAGAGAAGAGACGACGACAAUUUCCGUGUGGUGGUUUCUAUUGCUUUGGUGUAUUUGUCUACUCAGCUUCACUUCUUUAUUUUUGUGACGGAACUGAAUGAACCUGUCUCUAUGAUUAUUCUCGAUGUAUGGAAUUAUGCAUUCACCGAGCAAAAGGAGCUCUGUGUGGAUUUAUCUCUUGGUCGUGCUGCUGGAUUGUUACUGGGAAGCGGUGUCUGGGCAGCUCUCUUACUCCGUCUCAGAGGAGGUAAAUCUGGGGACUGUUGUCGGAAAUAUCGCUAAAGAUCUGAACCUCAAUGUCCAGGAUUUGGAGUCCCGCAUGUUUCAGAUCGUUGCUGGAUCAGAGACAAAAUAUUUCGAGGUAAAUCUAAAGACUGGUGUCCUGUAUGUCAAUGAGAGAAUAGAUCGAGAGCAACUCUGCGGCGACGAGCCCAAAUGUUCACUGAGUGUAGAAGCAGUUAUUAGCAACCCGUUAAAACUGUACCGGAUACAAAUUAUAAUCCUGGAUGUAAAUGAUAAUUCCCCGUCAUUUAGAAGCAGGUUACAGGUGAUUAAUAUCACAGAGAACACAGCAGCAGGUGCAAAAUUUCUAUUGAAACGAGCUCAGGACGCAGACGUUGGCAAAAAUACUGUAAAUGCCUACAAACUCAGCCAAAAUGAACACUUUUCUCUGGCAACACAUAAAGGGGAAAGUGUAUCUCCCGAAUUACUGCUUCAGAAAGUUUUAGACAGAGAAACCCAGCCUGUGAUCAAACUCCUACUGACUGCCAUUGAUGGAGGAACUCCUGCAAAAUCUGGAAGUAUGACCAUUAUAAUCAACGUGUUAGAUAUUAACGACAAUCCCCCUGUAUUUAGUCAAACGCUGUAUAAGGCGAGUGUGCAUGAGAAUGUAAAGAUAGACACAUCGAUAAUAACAAUAAAUGCUACUGAUUCAGAUGCAGGACAAAAUGGACAAAUAUCAUAUUCCUUUAUUGACAUAGACCAGGGGAAACAAACAGAUCUGUUUGCUGUAGAUGAAAAAACAGGGACAGUAACAAAUAAAAAGAAUAUCGACUUUGAAGAAAAUAAUGCUUUUGAGAUUCGAGUACAGGCCAGUGAUGGGGCUUCCUCACCAAUGACCUCACAUGCCAAGUUACUGAUUGAAGUUUUAGACGUUAAUGAUAAUGCACCUAAAAUUUCAGUUACAUCAUUGUUAAACACUGUGAAAGAAGACGCGUCCUUUGGCACCGCCAUUGCACUUGUUUCAGUAUUUGAUAAAGACGGAGGGAAAAAUGGGAUGGUGAACUGUAAGAUUUCCAAUAAUGUACCUUUUAAAUUAGAAUCAAAUUAUAAGAAUUCCUACUCGCUGGUGGUGGACGGUCCUCUUGACAGAGAGAGCGCAUCUCAAUAUAAUAUCAGCAUCACUGCUACUGAUGAGGGCAGCCCCCUCUUUCCAGCACGAGCGUUAUUACUGUACACGUCUCAGAUGUAAAUGACAACAAACCUCUGUUCACAGAAAAUAUAAUCAAUGUCUAUGUGAAAGAAAACAGUCCAGUGGGGGCAGUUAUAAAAACAGUUUCAGCAGUUGAUGCAGACAUCGAUCAAAAUGGUCAGGUGAGCUAUUCAUUUUUACAAACUGACAGUAACUCGCUGCCUCUCUCGACAAUGAUUAACAUUUACUCAGAGACUGGAGAUAUAGUCAGCCUGCAGUCUUUUAACUACGAGGAGUUAAA